AUGUCGACGGGAGUGCAAGAAGAGUUGCCCUGUGGUUCAAAUGGGAGGAGUGUUACUUUAGAAACACUCCUAGCUUUAAAAAUUUUAGCAGGGAAGCAAAAGCCAAACCUUGAAAAGUAUGAUGAUCCUCCUGACUGGCAAGAAAUUUUGACUUACUUCUGUGGCUCUGAGUUACAGAAUUACUUUACCAAGAUUCUGGAAGAUGACCUGAAAGCCAUUAUCAAACCUCAGUAUGUAGAUCAGAUUCCCAAGGCUGCAAAGGGAACAGUGGGGUCUAUUUUGGACAGAAAGGAUGAAAUAAAGACGCAAGUAAUUGUAUGUCAACAGCUCGAUUUAACCCACCUAAAAGAACGAAAUGUUGAAGAUCUUUCAGGAGGAGAAGUGCAGAGAUUUGCUUGUGCUGUUGUUUGCAUACAGAAAGCUGAUAUUUUAAUGUUUGAUGAAUCUUCUAGUUACUUAGAUGUCAAGCAUCAAUUAAAGGCUGCUAUUACUAUACGAUCUUUAAUAAACCCAGAUAGGUACAUCAUUGUGGUGGAGCAUGAUCUUAGUGUAUUAGACUAUCUCUCUGACUUCAUCUGCUGUUUAGAUGGUGUACCACGCGCUUAUGGUGUUGUCACUAUGCCUUUUAGUGUUAGAGAAGGCAUAAACAUUUUCUUGGAUGGCUAUGUUCCAACAGAAAACUUGAGAUUCAGAGAUGCAUCACUUGUUUUUAAAGUGGCUGAGACAGCAAAUGAAGAAGUUAAAAAGAUGUGUAUGUAUAAAUAUCCAGGGAUGAAGAAAAAGAUGGGAGAGUUUGAGCUAGCAAUUGUAGCUGGAGAGUUUACGGAUUCUGAAACCAUGGUGAUGCUUGGGGAAAAUGAUAAGUUUUCCUUAUUUUAUAAUAUGUAG